GUCAGCUGUGCCGCCAUUCAGAAGACCAAGUGAUCUGCGAUGUGAUCCGCUGGUGAUCCAAUCCAAGGCCUUUAAUGGCUCUCUGGGAUCUUAUCGCCCGGGCAGGCUACGAGUAUCUCGAUGAAUUUCACCAAGGCCGAUUGCCCCGCCCCAGGGGCUCCACUAUAUAAGACUCCCCAGCUGGCCCCCAAACAGUCUUGCCGAGAUCACCAAUAUCGUAGUAACUGGUGGGUGGGAUACAUUUAUCGGGGACCGGGGAUCGGGGUCAGGACAACGACCCGUCCGCGAAAGCAAUCAACUGCAAUUGAAACUCUCAUUCGCAAUUCGCCAGGGCAAAAUGUCGACGCAGCAAGAGCAGUUGGACUACAUCGAGCGGAAUCUCGUGUAUGAGAUCUACAAGUACUUCGGAUCGGGCGUCUCGCUGGCGGGCCACCGAGUGGAGUGCUCCAAUGGGGUGGACGGGUUCAUGUCCGCCCUGUACACGGUGGAGCUGGAUCUGGUGGUCGCCGAGCGCCAGCGGACGGAGAUCGUGCUGGUCAAGUUUAUGAAGAGCACGGAGUUGUACCGCGAGCAGAGCAACUCGUACAUCCAGUUCGCCAACGAGGUGUUCGCCUACUCCGAGAUCCUGCCCGCCUACGAGCACCUGCUGCGGACGAGUCACCUAGCCAGCGAGGUGGUGGCCAACUGGGUGCCGCGCUGCUACUUCGCCAAGUUCGGAUUGGUCAAUGGCCUCGGCACCGGUCGCGAAUCUGUCCUGGCUCUGAAGCACCUCAAAGGCGAGGGCUACCAGCUGGGCCCGCGUCUAGUCCUACGUCGUGAUCAGCUGGAGGCCAUGGUGGGACUCAUUGGGCCCUUCCAUGCCCUCGGCUAUGCCACGCGAAUACUCCAGCCGCAGGUUUAUGCCCGCCUGCGGGCGGGUGUGCUGGACAUGCCCUUCGUCUCCAGCUCGGGCAAGGCGGGCUUCGAUGUGCUCUAUCGUGUGGCCUUCGAUCGCUUCUACGAGUUCUACGACCGGCACAAGAAGCAGCUCCUUCAGGACUCAGAUGCUGGCCUAGACGCCGCCAUCGAGCGUCUGCGCGAGAAGUACUUCGCCAAUCCCACGCAUCUGCUGGAGAGGAUUCGCACCACGUCUUGUGCGGACGACCAGCCGGAUAGUUACUUCGCCACGUUCCAGCAUGGCGACUACAAUCGCAACAAUGUGCUCUUCCACUACGGCGACGAUGGCCAGGUGGAUGGCAUCAAGGCCAUUGAUUUCCAGGAGCUGCGCUUCAGCAGCACGGCCAUUGACCUCAGCUUCUUCAUGUACAUGAACACGCCCUCGCAGGAAAGGGAGGAGAUCUUCGCUCAUCUGCUGAGGAAGUACCACCAGCACAUGACCGAAAUGCUGGAGCUGGUGCUGCAUCGCAACAGGAAUGAGUUGAGCGACGAGCGGGUGGAUCAGCUCCUGGCGGACUACAGCUUUGACCGCUUCGAGGCGCACUUCAGGCGAUAUGCCUUCUACGGGGUGAUGGUCUGCAUGCACUUCAUGCCCUGGAUUCUGGGCAGCGAGGCGGACUGCGCCGAGUUGUCCCGCCUCUGCGAUACGGACCUGCAUGGCCAGGCCUGCUAUCAACUAUCGAUGGACAUCGGCGGUGACGUGGCCAACGAGGAGAUCUUUAAGACAGUGCGGCACGCCUACGAGCAUGGCUACAUGGACGAGAUAUAGACGCCGCUGGCUCCGUUAUCGGUCGUUGAACUGUCGUGGACUUGCCCAAAAUAUCUUAUUUCCUUUAUGUAGAGCUCAAAUUAAAUAUUCCGAAUGUUACAUUUCCAA